AUGGAUCAGGGAAAUUACACCAGAGUGAAAGAAUUUAUCUUCCUCGGUAUUACCCAGUCUCGAGAGCUAAGCUGGAUCUUAUUUGUCUUCUUAUUUUUGGUGUAUGUGACAACUCUGAUGGGAAACCUCCUCAUCAUGGUUACAGUUACCUGUGAGUCUCAGCUUCACACUCCCAUGUACUUCCUGCUCCGUAAUCUAUCUGUUCUUGACAUCUGCUUUUCCUCCAUCACAGCUCCUAAGGCCCUGGUUGAUCUUCUAUCAAAGAGAAAGACCAUCUCCUUCCAUGGCUGUGUUGCUCAGAUGUUCUUCUUCCACCUUCUGGGGGGAGCAGAUGUUCUUUCUCUCUCUGUCAUGGCAUUUGAUCGUUACACAGCCAUUUCAAAACCCCUCCACUAUAUGACCAUCAUGAAUAAAGGACGAUGCUCUAACCUGGUAGUGGCCUCAUGGGUGGGGGGGUUUGUCCAUUCCAUUGUGCAGAUUUCCCUUUUGCUGCCCCUCCCCUUCUGUGGGCCCAAUGUUCUUGACACUUUCUACUGUGAUGUCCCCCAGGUCCUCAAACUUGCCUGCACUGACACCAUAACUCUGGAGCUCCUGAUGAUUUCCAAUAAUGGCUUAAUCAGUUGGUUUGUGUUCUUCUUUCUCCUCAUCUCUUACACAGUCAUCUUGAGGAUGUUGAGAUCUCAUGCUGGUGAGGGUAGGAAGAAAUCCAUCUCCACCUGCACCUCCCACAUCACAGUGUUGACCCUGCAUUUUGUGCCCUGCAUCUAUGUCUAUGCCAGGCCCUUCACUGCCCUCCCCACAGAUAAGGCCAUCUCUGUCACCUUCACUGUCAUCUCCCCUUUGCUUAACCCCUUGAUCUAUACCCUGAGGAAUCAGGAAAUGAAGUCAGCCAUGAGGAAACUGAAGAAACAAUUAGGACAUUCUGAAAGGAUUUAA